AUGUUACUUAAGCCCGCAACACCGCUCACGAUCCUCCUACUGGUCGCUUUUGCGCUACUGUUGAUCUCCUGUUUGUCGACACCUAUCAUUAAGGGAAUACCUCUUGCGACAUAUAGCAAUGUCGACUACGGUGUCUUUGGCUAUUGCCAAGGCGACGUAUGUACCAACAUUCAUGUCGGAUACAAGGAUAUCACCAGCUCCGGCGAUGAGUUCAAUCUGCCUUCGGGCACACGGAAGUCGCUUUCUUCGAUCCUAAUCAUUCACCCCGUCGCCGCCUUCCUUACCCUCAUUUGCCUCUGCCUGGCCGGCGCGGCCCAUUUCCACGGCCCAUCCCAUUCUCCGCGCUACCUUCUAGCUCUUCUCAUUCUGCUCCUACCUACUCUCCUGGUGACCCUUCUCGCCUUCCUGGUUGAUAUACUGCUUUUCGUGCCGCAUUUACAAUGGGGUGGCUGGAUCGUGCUGGCUGCGACCAUCCUCCUCGUCUCCUGCGGGGUUGUGACAUGCGCCAUGCGCCGGACCCUAGUGAGCCGCAAAGCUCGGAAGCGCCGCAUCGCGGAAAACGCAGAAAUGAGUGGCGAGAAUUACUAUAAUCGCCAGAACGCCGCAACGGCAACUACGGCUGGCGGCGUCAUGACGGAACCCACCGAGACCAAGGAAGCCAUGGUGACUGGCUCUCCCGCCUUCGAAUCGUCGGGGCCGACUCUCGCAAGUUUCCAUACCGGCACUCACGACAGCGACGAUGACCGGACCCCCCUCAAUACCGCAGAUGCGACUGCCAUGCAUGAUGUUCCUCCGCCGCCGGAUGCCCAAUACCCCAGCCGACGCGGAACCCCAUACCGCACACAUGACGACGCUGGCGUACCGCUCCCCGGUCCUUACGGUCCUGGAGUGACUCGCAAUCCUUCCGAUCCUCGUGAUCCCAGACUGAUGCGCAGUCUCUCUGAUCAUCAUGGUCCCGGCGUGAUACGUAAUCCCUCCGAUCCUCGGUUGCGCCAACAAUAUCAGGAUGUCGAGGAGGUUACCCUCCUCGGGGCGGGUAUGGCCGAGGAGGUCCCUACACGGGUCCACCCCGGGGGCCACCUGGCAGAGGUGGCUACAUGGGCCCCCCCUCCUAGGAUCCGAGGAGGCAUGAUACCCGGUCGCGGAGCACCUCGCAGCGGCAUGGGUUAUGCACCUGUCCCGAAUCGGGGCUACGCUGCAUACAGCCCGCCCACGGCUGAUGCCCACGGAGCGGCACCUAUGGAUCCUUUCGUGGCUGCACCUGUCGGUCCAAUGCGUGAGCCCUCCCCGGGCCCUAUUGGAAUGGCGGUCUCGCCUGAAACAGUGGGACAGGCCAUUGAGAUGCAACCCCAGCCGCGGCAUUAUGAGGGACACGAUUCACCGGCAACGGUCACUUCCCAUCCCCAUGCUGUGUCUGUUGACGGUCAAUUAGCCCCUCUCGAGAGCCCCACGAGCCUAUACAGUCGGACUGAUUCUUACGUCCCUGCUCGAGCUGGGGGAACGAAUGACAAUCACCAUGCACCCUCACCUGGGCAUACUGUCAACGCGCAGCCCACUGCGUACUACGAAGACGUGGAUCCUCGAUUUGCUCGUCGCCCCUCACCACCAAGCAACAGCUCCGUUCCUCGGCCCUGA